GCAGCGAGCGUUGCGAUUGCGAUGGGUGUUUCAGGAGCAGCACAUGCUCCUUGCUGGGUGACGCGAUGCGAGCAGAUGCGCCACGCCAGGCGCUUUUGAGGUGUAGUUGAUGUCUGUGGUGGUGCAUGCAACCACUCUGGAGGAUUCUUUAGUUGCGUCGGAGGAUUGCGGCAUUGCUUUUCGAAGGGGAGGGUUGGAGGACUUGGGGUUGGGGUUGGAUUAUGGCUAAAUUUGGGUUGUCGGUUUGGUGGCUCGGAGGAGGAGAAGGGCAGGUAGAAGUGGAGGGAGCGAUGCCGAUGCUUUGUCUUUGCACAAGCAAUCUUUGGAAUUGGGAGUGGCAGCUGCGUAGACCGAUAUAUUUGGCUCAGUUCUGCAGGAUGAGGUGCCCACGAUGUCGAGCAGCAUGCGUGAGGAGUGUCGUUCUUCAACUCAUGCUUGGAAGGUUGGCUCGGUGGAGACUAUAUCAUGGAGGAGCAGCCUGGAGAAUUGGCUCAUGGGACGAGGUUCGAAGGAUCCUCUUAGUUCAGGAUUUUUGUUUCCAGAUGGAUGGGAUGAAGACAGCGAAGACCUUCGCCGAUCCUUGCUCACGGAAAGCGACGAUGGUGGCGGUUUAGAAACGUGUCACCUCGACAAUGCGGAGAAGAAUUCUUGCAAGAGCUAUAUUUUGCAAGGGAGCCAUGUCGUUGAUGUGGGCUUCAUGCGAAAGACCGUCGGGAAUUUGGCUGGGUGCGAGAAUGCAGCGUCUAGAAUUCAUCGGUCCCAGACGGCGCCGGCUAUGUCGAUCAUAAACAGGGAUCGGAAAGCAAUCUCUCUGAAGCGUCCCGAAUUUACGAAAGGGUAUGCGAUUGUCAUGCAAGCCGGAGUUGGUCUUCUCUUGUACCUCGCCAUAGGAAUUGCAAUUCUCACAUGGAAGAGCGAUGGGUUUUUUGGAAUCGAGACGUUCUCGGUGGUAGAUAGCCUUUACUUCUGCGUGGUCACCAUUUGCACUGUUGGUUAUGGCGGCAAUGUCCCCGUAACCCCUUUUGCAAAGCUCUUUUCAUGUAUUUUCGUGAUGAUAGGAUUUGGCUUCAUUGAUGCAUUGAUAAGCAAUGUGGUGACCUUCGUGUUGGACAAGCAAGAGGAGCUCCUUCUCAGUGCUGUGGAGGGAAGCCAUUACCUUGCCAAGAAAGAUCAUUUUUGGAAUGCCAGAUUGAGGCUUAUAAGAAAAAAUCUAAAUUGCUUAAAUAUGAAAGUAACAAGGUAAUUGGGAUUUAUGUAUGAUUAAAACUACUUAGAAGAGUUUUUUUUAGCACUUUU